GCUCUCCUUUAAGCGAUGGGGGUAGCGGGACUUUUCGGAAGAUGAUCAACUUUGUACGUCGUAGCGACUGCCACAUCAUUCAGUUUAUGGACAGCAAAAUGCUCACGGUUUUAAUACUUUUAAGCUCACUGGCGACAUGCUGGAGCGUCCCAAGAAGAUGUACUCCGGAAGAAGCAGCAAUAGGAAGAUGCAGAACACCUGCAGAAGAGAGGCUGCAGUGUAUGGAGAUGGUGCUUGGUUACUGUCAGGAUGUGCCCUACAGCCACACCACAUUCCCCAACAUCGUGGGCCAUCGUUCACGGCAGGAUUUAGAGAUGGGUGCAGAGUACCUGCUCUUGAGCGUGAUUCACGGCCUGCUGAAUGGAGAGUGUUCUCCAGACAUCCGUCUGUUGGGCUGCUCAGUGUUGGCUCCCCGUUGUCAAGACAACAAGCUAAUGAAGCCGUGCCGCAGCUCGUGUGAAAUGGUGAAAAAGAGCUGUAUUCAUGCCUUUGAGGCCAUCCAAAUGGCAUGGCCUUACUUUCUGGACUGUGACCGAUUCUUUGUUGGCGAUGAAGAGGGCUGUUAUGACCCAUUGUCAGAGUUAAGAGAAAAGCAGGAAGUGGCCUUUGCCAACAUAUCUGAUGGUGGUAUUUUCACUAUCAUUCAGUUCACUUACCACACCAACUCUCAGAUGUACAGCAUCCUGAAGAAGACAGCAUCAAAAUGCUCUCAUAUCUCACAAACGUAUAGCAUUGGGCGCAGUGUGGAAGGAAAAGACUUGCUGGCUAUUGAAUUCUCCAAUAACCCUGGACAGCAUGAGCUAUUGGAGCCAGAGAUCAAAUUAAUUGGGAACAUGCAUGGAAACGAGGUUCUCGGCAGGCAGCUGCUGAUUUACCUGGCUCAGUAUCUGUGUUCUGAAUAUCUGCUGGGCAAUGAGCGAAUUCAGACCAUCAUCAACACCACACGCAUCCAUAUCCUACCCUCCAUGAAUCCUGACGGCUAUGAGAUUGCCGCUUCUGAGGUAGCCGAUAGGAACGACCCCGAAAACAUCUACCAGGAAGGUCAUGAGUACAACGGGUGGACCAGCGGUCGGGCCAAUGCACAGAAUCUCGAUCUGAACCGCAACUUCCCUGACCUCACCUCCAUCUUCUACAAUCGCCGUCGCUUCAGACAUUUCCGUAGUGACCACAUCCCAAUCCCUGAGUCUUAUUGGUUAAAUAAGGAAGUUGCACCAGAGACCUAUGCUGUAAUGAAGUGGAUAAGAUCCUUUCCUUUCGUUAUAUCUGCCAGUCUUCAUGGUGGAGAACUGGUCAUCUCAUACCCUUUUGACCUCUCUAAACACCCACAAGAAGAUAGGAUGUACUCUCCCACACCAGAUGAACAAAUUUUUAGGCAGUUGGCUAGGACAUAUGCAGAUGCCCAUGCCACUAUGUCCAACAAUGACACAGAGAGAUGUGGAGCCUCAUUUGCCAAUAAAGGAGGGAUAACCAAUGGAGCACAGUGGUAUAGCUUUGCUGGAGUGGUUCGGUACCUUCAUCACUCUGAGUUGUCAAAUUACUUGCAGGUCCACAGAGGUAUAAAGGGCAUUGUGAAGGAUGAACAUGGAAAUGGCAUAAAAGGAGCUACGAUAUCUGUUAGAGGGAUGCGACAUGACAUCACUUCCGCUGAGGAUGGUGAUUACUGGAGACUGUUGAAUCCAGGUGUCCACAUUGUGACUGCUGCUGCCUCCGGCUACUCUAAAGUAUCUAAGCGCAUUCAUCUGCCAAGGAAAACACUGGUGGGCCGGGUGGACUUUGUGCUGAAGAAGGUCCCACGAGAACCCUCUCUUGACUACUUUAACAUCCCUGAGCUGGACAACUAUGAGCGUUUUGACCCAUUUAAUCAGUUUGAGCAGUCCAGCCAGAGGGAGCUGGGAGAGAAUGGGGAGGAGAGGACUGAGAAGCCCUGGUGGUGGGCUUAUUUCAGCCAGUUAGGCAUAUCUGCACCUACCUGGCUCCUGCGGAACUACUAGGGGCCCUCCGGACACCAUUGGAAAGCAACCUGAUACCUAAC